AUGUCCUUCCGCAAGCGAAAUAUUGGCUUAUCGGCUGGCGUCGAUCGCGCUGCUAUUCCCAAUGCCUCCGCACAGCCAACUCCGCCCGAAUCUAUUCCAGGCAUUCGCCCCUCACCUGAUGACGGAAGACCGACUACUUCUACGGGAACGCCUUCACUAGAUGGACUUCUGGCAGGGCAUGCGGGUCUCCCAAUGGGCAAGAUCUUGCUUAUUGAAGAAAAUGGAACUACAGAUUUUGCGGGCGCAUUGUUGCGCUACUACGCUGCAGAAGGUGUCGUCCAGGAACAAAAGAUCCAUGUGAUUGGUGUGCCAGAGCAAUGGGGUCGAAGCUUGCCUGGUCUUAUUGGAACUGCCGAGUCCUUAGAUAAGAGGUCAGACAAGCGGAAGGACGAACGAAUGAAGAUUGCCUGGCGAUAUGAGCGAUUGGGCGAAUUCGGUGCUGGCAUUGCUGGCUCCCGUGAUGCCCCUACACCGGCCGGAGACGCUGAUGGAGCUUCAAAGCAAACGGCUUUCUGUCAUGCCUUUGAUCUCACGAAACGUCUUGCACACCCCUCAAUUACCAAUAUGACAUUUAUUCCACUCGUGCCCUCGCGAGGUUCGCCAUUCAUUCCCAUCCUCAAACGACUCCAAGACGCAAUUUCAUCUGCCGGUCCAAACACCAUCCAUCGAAUUGUGAUUCCCUCCUUGCUCAACCCCACAGCGUACCCACCCGACUCUUGUCAACCUGAGUAUGUGCUGCAAUUCAUGCACUCCCUGAAAGCUUUAAUGAGCGCACACGCAACUCGUAUCACGGCUAUGAUCACCCUGCCGUUAUCCUUGUUCCCCCGAUCUUCCGGUCUCAUCCGCUGGAUCGAACUUCUCAGUGAUGGUGUUAUUGAGCUUUGCCCAUUCCCACACUCCGCUGAUGCACUAGCGUCUUCCGGAGCUGCCACAGCUCAGGAGGAACCCCCGCAAGGAAUGUUGAAAACACACCGAAUCCCUGUUUUGCAUGAACGAGGCGGCGGGAGCGACCAAAAUGUGGGGCAAGAUUGGGCGUUUAACUUGAGUCGUCGGCGAUUCGAGAUUAAGCCGUUCAGCUUGCCGCCUGCGGAAGGUGAUCAGGAGGCGCAGGCCGCACCUGCAUCCGGUGGGAUGCCAAAGAAGUCAGACCUUGAAUUCUGA